CACACUUAAUAAAGGCCCCGCCUGUGUCUAAUAAUCCCAAUCCCCUCAGAUUAAAGGAUGAUGUGUCUGGUAGAGCGCUGCUUGGCUCAGACUUCAGUUGUGUCCUGGUGAGGGAAUACACCAUGCAUGAAUUACUUCAGUAUGUCAGGUUUGACGAAGCAAGAGUCUGGAACGCAGAGCGUUGAUGUCACAAAUUAUGGAAUUUUUUUCUUUUUUAUUUUUUUUACAUCUAAGGAGGAAUCUUGGUAUCUGAUCUGUAAUGAAUGAGUAGCUGCUUUGGAGCAAACCUGUGAUACCUGUAGCAAUGAAGAUCUAGAACGCUCACAUUUUCUAAAAACUAUUUUGUCCCGUCGGUCUUCAUGAUCACUGGAACAUCCGUGCCAAGUUGGGCAAAGGGCUGUUGAAAAGUUGACAGGCCACAGUUUUGAGAAUCACUCCUUCAGUGUGUCGUACAUACUGGACGAGGAGGCAGGAAGGGACGGGGGUGUAAGACCCCAGGUCCCGCGAGGGGCAUCUAAAAUGGGGACAGGAAGUCGGGAGCAGGAGUUUGGUCAGCCAGGGGCCAUGGGAGGCCCCCAGGGGCCCAGGCAUCGUCAGCAAGAGCUGCCUCUACGAAUCCUAGUGCCCACUCAGUUUGUGGGAGCCAUCAUUGGGAAAGAGGGACUCACUAUAAAGAACAUCACAAAGCAGACACAGUCCAAGGUAGAUAUCCAUCGUAAGGAGAAUGCAGGAGCAACUGAGAAGUCCAUCACUAUCCACUCAUCUAACGAGGGCUGUUCACAAGCCUGCAGGAUGAUCCUGGAAAUAAUGGAAAAAGAGGCCAAUGACACCAAGAUUGUUGAAGAGGUUCCUCUGAAGAUCUUGGCCCACAAUAGCCUUGUUGGGAGACUCAUAGGGAAGGAGGGCAGGAACCUGAAGAAGAUAGAGCAAGAUACUGGGACCAAGAUCACUAUUUCUUCAUUACAAGACCUAACUAUAUAUAACCAGGAACGCACCAUCACGGUGAGGGGAGGGGUGGAGGAGUGCUGUAAUGCAGAAGUGGAGAUCAUGAAGAAACUUAGAGAAGCCCAUGAGAAUGAUGUGGCUUCACUUAAUCAGCAGACUAACAUGAUGCCCCCCGGUCUAAACCUGAGUGCGUUGGGGAUCUUCUCCUCUGGCCUGUCUGUACUCCCUCCAGCCUCUGGUCUGCGUGGUUCUCUGUCUGCCCCAGCCAACUACAGCCCCCUGCUGGGCCCUCCAUUGGGUGGUCUGUAUGGGGUUCCCUCCUCUGGAGCAUUAUCUCUUCAGCAGGCAACUGCUGAACAGGAAGUGGUCUACCUCUUCAUUCCCACUCCAGCAGUAGGAGCACUCAUCGGGAAGAAAGGGCAACACAUUAAAGAGCUGGCACACUACGCUGGAGCCUCAAUAAAAAUUGCUGCACCAGACAAUCCUGAUGAUCCUGAGAGGAUGGUCAUUAUCACUGGACCACCAGAGGCUCAGUACAAGGCACAGGGGAGGAUAUAUGGGAAGUUGAAGGAGGAGAAUUUUUUCACUCCGAAGGAAGAAGUGAAGUUGGGGGCACACAUAAAAGUGCCUUCAUCUGCCGCCGGACGAGUCAUCGGGAAGGGUGGCAAAACGGUCAAUGAGCUGCAGAAUCUCACCAGUGCUGAGGUCAUUGUACCACGGGACCAGACACCAGAUGAGAAUGAUGAAGUGUUUGUUAAGAUAAUUGGACAUUUCUUUGCCAGUCAGGCUGCCCAGCGCAAGAUAAGGGAGAUCGUUCAACAGGUCAAACAGCAAGAGCGGAAACACCAGCAAACAGUGCCAACACCUUCACAACCAUCAAAAUGAUCAGCGGACGCCAGUAAGCAGCAGCUAAUGAAUGUAGCUCAUGCAAGGACAAAUUCAAGAAAUAGACAAAGGGAGAGUGAGACAGAGCAGGAAACAGAGAGAGACAGAAGCUGAUGAAGAGGACCAGCAGUUUAAAACAACCAAAGAACUCAAAGCACAAACACAUUUGGUCAUGCGGAUAUGAAUGAGGAUGAUCGAGAGCGCUAUCAGGUCAGAGAUUUUUAUAUGACCAUGGACCUGAUAUUUCAUAUUGAGCUCUUCUUGUUACUGAUUUGUGCACUGUGAAGUAGACUGCUGGAUGAGGUGAAUGCACACUGCAGGUAGAUUUUAUAGGACUUGCAGGGUCUAGUUGUGCAUUAGAUCUACUAAUUUAUUAGGAGAUAUAAUAAAUUCCACAGCAGUAUGUUAAUAAGAUUCUAAAAACAAUUCUAUAGGUUUAUUCAGCAGAAUUUUCUUUGGAAACUCAUUUCAGGCUAUUGAUUUGAGUAAUAAGAUUUGUUUGUUGACUUUUCUAGUAACUAAUUAGUACAGCAAUGUAACUAAAAGCAUUAAAUGAUGUUACAAAGGAACGUACUUGUAAAAGAGUGCUUGCUGUGUGCCAGCAUUUCACUUCCAGUUCCUCUUUUUCCAUUGCUGAGUCUGAGCAUUUCUCCUCUGCUUGCUACCCUGUUCUCUUUUCUUUUUUAAAAUUAUAUUGCUUUCUCUUAAAUGUUUCCAUGUUCCCGACUUAUUCAUCACACAGAAUAAGAGCUGUCUGUGUGCCAACUGUAAAAAAUUAAACAAAAAAAAAGUAGAGUAAGUACAGUCCAUAAAGAGAAGUAGAUCUAAUGUUGAUGUCCCGUACUCCCCGUGUAUUACACCUUACACUACUGUUCUAAAGUUUGUUGUCAGUAUGAUUUUUUUAUUAUUAUUAUUUUUUAAAGAAAAUAUGCAUUAUCAAAAUAUGCAUUAUCAAAAGUGACAGUAAAGACAUUUAUAAUGUUGCAAAAGAUUUUUAUUUGAAAAUUAAUUUAAAACUUUUAAAAGAAGAAUCCUGAAAAGAAGUAUUGUGGUUUCUUUAAAAAUAUGAAGCAGUACUUGAUAUUGUUUUCAAUAUGGAUUAUAAUAAGAAAUGUUCCUUGAGCAGCAAAUCAGCACAUUAGACUGAUUUCUGAAGGAUCGUGAGACACCGAGGACUAGAGUAAUUCAGCUUUGCAUCACAGAAAUAAAUUACUUGUAUAUAAGU